AUACAUUCUCUCGAUGAGGCAUCAACUCCUUUGAUUUCUGGUCUUUUCCAGACCGAAACGAAGCAGCUUGCUGCUAUUGUAGAGGAUACCACAUUCCAACCGGACCAUGACUUGGCCAGCGUCGAUCUCUCUUCUACACAUAGGAGCUCAACCGAAGCCAUUAUCAAAAGUUCUACUUUGGGUGGGGUGAACUCUUGCACUGAGUCUCUUUCCACUAUUGGCUGUUCUGCCGAGGAUGCUCUGAUCCGUGUAGCCUUGGCUAAUCACAAAGACAGAUUCAUUGGCUUUGGGCCAUGCUUGUCUUCUGCGCGCGGUGGUAGGUAUGCUGAAGCGAUUCAGCCUCAGCCGGGAAAACGAAAGGAGAGUGGGGUGGAUAGGCUUGUUGUACAAGACAAGAUAAAUGAACCAGAAGAAGGUGGAAUGAAAAGUAUAGUUGGAAUUGAAGACUUGGAAGCAAAUACUACUCCAUGUGCCUCCUGGAAGCGUCCUAGAAGAUCACCUCAGGUGCUAUUAGAUGACCUACAGGUACCAAAUAAUCACAAUUAA